AUGAUUUACCACAAAAAUUCCAUCGUAUUCUCCCUCGCGGCCUGGGCGGUCCACGUCCUCUCUGCCCCAGCGCCCGAGCCCGCGAACCCUGUUCUCCCCGGCUUCGAGUUCGAUCCCGGAAACUGGUGGGCAAAACAGGCCUUCAGCUGUCCCCUCUGGAAGGGCCCUCUACCCGACAGCGCCCAGGACCUUGCUGGAAGUUCUUGCAGCAAUAUCUGGACCAAGACAUUCACGCAGGGCUCCAUCACGGCGCGCCUCUACCAGGUCCCUGGCCAGUGGCAGAAGAGCCCACGCUACAGCGAGAUCGUCAACGGCGCUGGAGACGCCAUCAAGAAAGGUCUUUCCACCUUUGGUACCCUAGCUGUCGACGACGACAACUCCGGCACUAAAAGCCCAUGCUACAUCAUCCUCGACUUCCGACCUAGCCACCAAAACUACCCCCUCGUGGCCAUCCAAAAGGACGUCAUCAAGGGUAUGUACCAGUGUGUCGAGCAGUUCCACCGUCCCAACGUCGUCGCAUGGACCGACGGCAACAAGUGGUGGCGACGCGCCGUGGCCCGCUACUUCGAUGGGCUUUCCUACCCAGCGUCAACCGGAAUCAUGACUCGCGGCCUCUACCCCGAGGAGUACCAGCAUGGCGUCCCCCUGUACCAGAACAGGGAUGCCGCUGCCCUCUUCUUCCACUUCGCCGACGGUCUCGCUGGCUGGAGCCCUACGGACGUGCAUAACUGGAUGAAGACGCAUCCCAACAAGGCAGACUAUGAUCAGGAACGAAAAUCGCUAUCCACAGACGCGAAGAUCACAUCAAGUCUCUUCCAUCGCUUCAUCCUAGCCUGCAAGGACAAGACCAUCAAGUACCCCAACGGCCAGAAGAUCGCCUCCACACUUGGGGGUCCCCCCGAGCGAGCCCACUCCGUUGUCAACAUCGGCAAGGUUGGCGGUGACUACUCCAAGACUGUGGCCGUUAGCGCUUGGAAGGGAUCCACACAGGUGUUUCCCAUCAAGGCCGGGCAGAAGAUGCGUUUGACGAUGGAGGUCAAGCCCGGUAUUGAGUGGAGUAUCCGCAAGGUCGGCACGACGGCGUGGGCGAGUGGAGAUCGAGGACGGUCGGUUACAGUUGCAGCUCCCGCAAACGCCGACACCAAGUAUGAGAUUGCAGUGAGUUCGACAAGAGAUGAUGCUGGGUCGGGAUUGAGCAAGGUGAAGAUGACAAGGACUGCGUGA